AUGAGCAAUCUCAGUAUUGCCAGCACAUCUACAGAGUCUAUUGGAGGUGGAGUAGCAGGUGGAGACUCAUCAUUAUAUUCAACAAGUGCUCCAGUGACUCAUUCUUCAAUAGUAUUCCAUCCUACACCUUCAACUGUUACAAUAGUACCUCAACAACAACAACAACCUGGUAGUUCACCGAUACAGUCUCGAUCGACAUCGACUUCAAACGCAUCAUCACAUCCAGUUUCACAGACGACGCCAAUGAUACCAAUCACAUUACCCAACCUGGCGCUCCAGACCAACUUCACGGCCGACAUGAGUCACGACGUUGAGAUGGAGUUUGCCCUACAGAACAAGAAGACGAUGAAGCGUGUUCUCAAGAUAUCCAAACAUUGGACAGAUGCCAUGAAGGCAUAUUGCCAGAACUGCCAUCUAUUUUCCGAAGAGUUACUUAAACAAUCUGAUCAGAUGGUCGAGUUUGCACAGCCAAGAGAGAAGAACAUUGGAGAGAACUUGGUGUACUUUGGCAAUACACUACGCGCUGUCAACAGUGUACACGAUCAAAUGCUCAAUGAGAUACAGGAUGUAUUCUCUACACCAUUGGCCAACUUUGUAGAUUAUGACUUUGCCGAGGUGGUAGAAUCACACAAGAAGAUGGGCAAGCUCAAGGAGGAGUAUGAGGGUACACUUGGCAAGAUAUCAACUGCGAUCAAAAAGUCCAAACAGGGCAUUGACGAGUCAAAGCUGUCUGGCUACGAACAGGAGUUGGAGAAGCAGAGAGAGGUGCUCCAGCAGCAGAACCAAGAUCUGGAGGCCAAGCUCAACGACCUUUCAUUCAAGAACGAGACCAAGUAUCUCAGGUCACUGCUACUGUUUGUCAACUCACAGUACCUGUUCUUCAACCGUGGCGCCAAGCUCUUCUCCAAUCUCAAGCCACGUAUCGAGGAGUUGGAGCGCCACCUCGAGGAGAUCUCGCCGCCCAAGGUGGUCGAGGGUCAUCUUCUCAAGAAGAGCAAACAAGUCAUGGGUGGCUGGAACAAGUGCUGGUACGUCCUGAAGGAUGGAAUGUUAUAUUGUUACAAAGGAAAGAAGGAAUUCCAUCCAGAGAAUGCAUUGAAUAUAUUGUUGUGCUCAGUUCGACUGCCACAACAGCUACAGCAACUGCCGACGACGGCGCCACCAACACAACAGGGCUCUUCGAAGCAGGAGAAGCAGGAGCAGCAGGACUAUCGAUUCGAAAUAUUGCAUCCAAGAAAGAAGCAACCAAUCGUGCUGCAGGCUGAGAGCGAUGAGGAGCGUGACAGAUGGGUGGCCGCAAUCCAGGAGGCUAUCUCCAACUCGCUCAACAGCCAGUCGCUGUCUGGUGGUGCGCUUGGUGGUGGCCGGCCCUCAAUAGCUGGCUCAAGCAGCACAGGCCGUUUGUCGGCCACAGGUAUGCCAACAUCAGGUGAUGAGGUCAAUCAGCAGGUGAUGCGCAUCAUACUCAAGGCCAACGGCAACAAUGUCUGCGCCGACUGCUCAAGCGUCGACCCCGACUGGGCAUCCAUCAACCUGGGCGUCAUCAUCUGCAAGGUGUGCAGCGGCGUCCAUCGCAGUCUGGGCACCCACAUAUCAAAGGUGCGCUCGCUGACGCUGGACAAGUGGUCGCCAGAGAGCAUCCAUUACAUGCGCGAGGUUGGCAACAACAAGUUCAACAUACUUUACGAGCACCAGCUGUCGGGCCAGACCAAGCCCACGGACAAGUCAGAUCGCAUGACCAAGGAGGCGUAUAUCCGCGCCAAGUACAAGACCAAGGAGUUCCUGAUCAAGUCGGCGCUGACGCAGGAGGAGCUCAACAAGACAUUCUACGAGCUGACGUCUUCAGACAGCGGCAUCCGCGACGCCACACGAUAUCUCAAACUCAUUGGACAGGGUGCAGACAUCAACCACGUCGACCAGUAUGGUCGCGCCGCCCUACAUCAGGUGAUUUGGAAGGCGGACGACGUCAUCAUCCCCGAGCUGCUAUUACAGAACGGCGCAUAUAUCACAUCCACCGACUCACGUGGCUGGUCGCCCAUGCACUAUGCCGCCUUCUUCAACCGACCUCGUUGUGCAUCUCUGUUGAUGAAGCGAGGCUACGAGACGAUCAAGUCAAAGUGUGUUGACAACCUUGGACGAACUCCACUGGACCUCGCAAUCAUGAACAAGUCAAAGGAAGUAGAGCAGAUACUACGUGGCGAGGAGCUGGAGCUCGGCCUGACGUUCGACACGAUAGAGGCAGGUGACGUGCAGAAGUAUGAGGCCACGGCGCCACUGAGUAGCGAGUUCCCAUCCGGAAGCUCACCAACACAGCCACCACGCUACGAGUACAAUGAGUACGAUGAGGAGAAAUACCUAGUGGACAACGAGAUCGACUUGAAUUGGAGUGAGAGCGAGCGCGACAGCGUGGGCAGGGCCAGCUUUAGCGGAGCUGAGGGCAAUCCCGACCUGCCCCAUCAGCUCAACUCAUCGUUCAACAGCAACACGAGCUCAAGUGGGAUGACCACCACCACUACAACCAAGCUCGAUGCCGCACAAAAGAAUGAUUCGGCCAACAACCCAGCGACAGGUGACAACAACAGCGAUCCAAAGCUCAACAGACCCAAGUCAAAGAGGCGGCCGUCCUUGCUUGGCCGCGGCAGGAACACGCUGCGACUCAUGAAGAACAAACUCGGUGCUGGCAAGAACACAGACGCAGCAUUCAACGAGCAGCUGGAGCAGCAGCUACAGACCAAUGACAAUACAUCAGAUGAUGAAGUCGACGACGACAAUGAGCUUAGCUCGCCCCCCGCGGACACGAUGUCCGUCGUCGACACUGUACAUAAUAAUACCAAGGAGCAGCCUGCUGAGCAACCGACGUCUGCAGCCGAACAAUCUACAUCCACCAAAGAUGCAGUUGCUGCCAACGUAGUCUCAGCCAACCAACUGAACAACGACGAGAAGGCAUCCAAGCCACCGACAACUUCACCGUCAACAUCUCUCUCCAAGAAGAUAUUCAACAAGUUCAAGGGCAUCGGAGGUGGGCGCAAGAGCAAGGAGGACGCUGGCGAGCACGCCAACGAUAUCUCAGACACGGCGUCCACGACCAGUGUCGACUCCAAGUCGGACAAUGUAGUUAUAAAGAAGAAGUAA